CCCUCCCAAAUGAAGAAAAAAUUUUAUUCCCUAAAAAUUUAGCAAUUUUAUGUGAAAUAACACAUAAUUGCCCUGCCCCUUCUUUUUUGCCUUUUUCUCCCCCAUCACCAUUUCUGAGACUCUGUCUGUCCUCUCAUCUCAUCAAAGGGGCCUCCCCUCUGAUCUCUUCUCCUCCUCUUUUCUCUCUCCCUCCUCAACAUGAAGUCAAAGUUAAAGGCUGAAGAAGAUUGUUUGAUGAGAAGGAGACUGCCAAGAUCAGAGAAGGAGCAUAGCCAUUGUUGACAAGGGUAUAAUUAUAAGGUUGCCAUGAGCUGCAAUAAUGAGAUGGCUUUCUUCCCAGCAAAUUUCAUGCUGCAGACUCCCCAUGAAGAUGAACAUAAUCACCAUCAGCCCCCCACUUCUCUCACUCAAAUCUUGCCCUCUUGCACUCCUCAGGACUACCAUGGGAUGGCGUCGUUCUUGGGGAAGAGGUCGAUGUCGUUCUCGGGAGUCGAGGUCAGCGCCGAGGAGGUGCCCAACGCUGGGGAGGACGAGCUCUCGGAUGAUGGAUCACAGGCGGGGGAGAAGAAGAGGAGGCUCAACAUGGAGCAGGUGAAGACACUGGAGAAGAACUUCGAGCUGGGCAACAAGCUCGAGCCCGAGAGGAAAAUGCAGCUUGCGAGGGCGCUCGGGCUGCAGCCCAGGCAGAUCGCCAUCUGGUUCCAGAACAGAAGGGCCAGGUGGAAGACCAAGCAGUUGGAGAAGGACUACGACCUCCUCAAGCGGCAGUUCGAGGCCGUUAAGGCCGACAAUGAGGCCCUCCAGGCUCAGAACCAAAAACUCCAAGCCGAGAUUCAGGCACUGAAGAGCAGAGAGCCAGCAGAGUCAAUAAACCUGAAUAAGGAGACAGAGGGGUCAUCAAGCAAUCGGAGUGAGAACAGCUCCGAGUUCAAACUGGACGUCUCCACGAGAACUCCAAGGACCAUCGACAGCCCUCCCUUGGCCGCCCCGCCGCCACCUCCCCACCCGAUCACGAGCCGCCAGCUGUUCCCCACCUCCUCCUCUCUACGGUCCGUCAAUGGCGGCGGAGGAGGAAUAGCACAUCAGCUCCUCCACAGCUCGUCAUCAUCAUCAAGACCUGACCUUAUGGUGAAGGAAGAGACCUUCACAAACAUGUUCUGCGGGAUCGAUGAUCAGUCCGGGUAUUGGCCGUGGCUCGAGUAACAGCAUUUUAAUUAAUUGAAGUUCCAACCGGACCCGAAUCAUCAGUUAUUAAUUAUGCAGAAUCCCGAACGACUUCGGGACCCAACUGCAUAUCUUCUUAUUUAAUUUUUCCCCGCGAAUUUUUAUGGUCCCCAAGUGGUUUUUGAUGCGUAGACUGAUGUAUAAAAAUUAAGUAGAGAGAACAUGUAUAAUAUUUAUCAAUGGAGCCGAUGCUUAAUUUUUUUUCUUUUCUUGUGAAGGAAUAAAAAGAUACUUCGUUGUCC